UCAGGCGCUAUAUUAGAGGUGUGUAUGAGGAAGCUAGUUUUCUACCCUGAGAUUGUUGGUUUUAUUGAAGAAGAGAAAGAAAAGUUCCCUAGUGUUAACGUUCAGUACAUUUUCAACUCACCGCCCAAGUUGAUCAUGUUGGAUGAAGAUGGUGAACAUAAGGAAACCAUAAGAAUCGACAACUGGAAACGUGAGCAUCUACUGCAGUACAUGCGGGAGAAGGUCAAGGCCACUUCAGCAAGUUUGUGAGAUCACAUGUAGGGCUCAAUACCUUUGUCAAACCAAAUAGUUAAGAACACAUUGUGGUCGAAACUUAUCUUUACUUUCUCCAAGCUAUUUGCUCCUUCUGCUUCAGUAGUUUGUAUGUUCUGAACCUUAGCAAUCUCAUUGUUAAUGACUUCUAUUUUAUGAAAGGGUAAUGAGAAUCUUGUACUUAGCUGUUUA